AUGCCCUCCAAGGCAAGAUCAUUGGUCAAGCUCACCAGGAUUCACUGGUUUCCAGUGGGGUCCAACUUCAUGUUCUGGCCUUUUGUGUGGGGCUCCCUGGCAGCAUCAUACCAUGUAGCAUUACCCAUGAAUGAGGUCAUCAUGAACACUUUGUUCUAUGCAUUGUUGGGCAUGCUGGUACAUAGUGCAGGCUGUGUCAUAAAUGAUAUGCUUGAUCACAACUUUGAUCACAAAGUUGAACAUUUGAAAGGCCGACCGAUCGCGUCUGGAGCUGUCACUAUGACAGAAGCCUCAAUUCUUCUGUUCAUGCUCAUUGGUGCCAUCUUUUACAUGUUUUCAACUACUGGCCCCAUGGCAUGA